UCAUCUUAGCGUUUUCACACAUGUAUCACGAGCGCGUGACACUUCUGUCUGGGGACACACGUUGAUAUCCAUUUAUCGCGCGCGACCCCCGCCGGGGAUUGAACGCGCGCGACCCGGACGUUUGACCGCUGUCGUUGUCCUCCUGUCAGCCAUAGCUGCUAGCUAGCUGCUUAUGUGACCCGAGCUAACGUUAGCACGCGAGACGUAAACACAGUUAGAGAAUCCAAGCUGGCAAAUGUUCUCCUGCGGCGGCGCCUAAAGAAGUGACUCUACCAACGAGUAGAUUACGUCAUUGCUAGAAUACGUGUGUAACUGUCUUUUAGUCAGUUGAGGUUGAGCUGCGGUGACGUCAGCUAGCGAGGCUCUUGGGUUCACCAACUCUGAAACACAGUUUGAAGGAGGAAGUAACAAACGUCAUGUUUGUGUAGCGUCAAGGUCAAUCGUUGGGAAAGCUGCAGUAACGUAACGCGUUUUAAAGUUACACAUUAUUAUAUAUGCAUACCUCUGUUUUGCAUUACUCAUAAAUAUGUUGCUUUCGUCUCGCAAUUCAUUGUUUAUACCACUUAAAGUUGCUCGCUUCCUACAGAAAGGUUGUAGUGUAAUGUAUUACAUUCAGGAUAUGACGCCAUAUGAAUGAUAUGCAUGUUUCAUUACAUUACAUCACAUGUCAUUUAGCAGACGCUUUUAUCCAAAGCGACUUACAAUAAGUGAAUCAACCUAGAGUACAAACUAAGAACAACAAGAAUACAGAAAGUAACAUUUCCUCAACAUAGUCGAACUACAAAAGUACCACAAUAAGAGCUAUUUAAGUGCCACUGAAGUGCUAAUCUGUGUUUUACUCCAGAUAUAGUCGGAAAAGAUGUGUUUUUAGUUUCUGGCAGAAGCUGUAGAGACUUUCUGCUGUCCUGAUGUCAGUGGGGAGCUCGUUCCACCACUGAGGAGCCAGGACAGCAAACGGUCUGAGACUUCACGGAGCUCCUGCUCUGGUCAUGAUGUGCGAGUUAAUGUGUCGCUGCUCUGUUCUGCUCUCUGCGCCAGUGAGAAUGUCUUUGAACGGAGAGGGUUACGUGGUUCGCAUCAGAGGACUGCCGUGGUCCUGCACACAGGAGGAGGUGGCCAGUUUCUUCUCUGACUGUGACAUCGUUGGGAAAGUAAACGGAGUGUGCUUUACCUACUCGAAAGAAGGCCGUCCCAGCGGAGAGGCAUUUAUUGAGCUGAAAAUGUCAGAAGACUUCAAGAAUGCCCUCACCAAGGACCGCAAAUACAUGGGACACCGAUACAUAGAGGUGUUCAAGUCGAAUCGCAGUGAGAUGGACUGGGUGCUAAAACGCAGCGGUCCCGCUGACUAUGAGAGCUGCAGCGGUUGCAUGCUGCGACUUCGAGGCCUUCCGUUUGGCUGCAGCAAGGAGGAGAUCGUUCAGUUCUUCUCAGGGUUGAGAAUCGUGCCAAAUGGGAUUACUCUGCCAGUGGACUACCAGGGGAGGAGCACAGGGGAAGCCUUCGUGCAGUUUGCCUCAAAGGAGAUAGCAGAAAAGGCUCUGGGGAAACACAAGGAAAGAAUAGGGCACAGGUACAUAGAGAUUUUUAAGAGCAGUCGCAAUGAGAUCCGAGCCUACUACGAGCUGCCCCGGCGGGGGAUGGGGGGCCAGAGGCCGGGGCCCUACGACAGACCCAUGAUGGGGGGACCCAGGGGAGGGUUCUUUGCGCCCGAGCUUGGCCGCAGCGGGGCUCCGAUGGACACCAUGAGGAGUGGAGGGGGCUACGCAAACGGUUACAGUGACUUUGACGGCUUCAACAACUUCUGUUUCGGCAACGGCUUGUUUGAGGAGCGGGCGAGAGGAGAGCGGGGGGGAAGAGGGAUGGGCGUCCACGGUUACGGUGGUCAAGGUGAUGUCUGCUCAGGCCUCCACGGCGGCCAUUUUGUCCACAUGAGGGGUUUACCUUUCCGUGCCACGGAGGGAGACAUCGCCACGUUCUUCUCUCCUCUGAGUCCUCUGAGGGUCCACAUCGACGUGGCUCCCAACGGGAAGUCGACUGGAGAAGCGGACGUGGAGUUCCGCUGCCACGAAGACGCCGUGGCGGCCAUGUCCAAAGACAAGAACCACAUGCAGCACCGCUACAUCGAGCUGUUCCUGAACUCGACGGCCAGCGCAGCGGCUGAAAUGAGUCGUGGCAGUGGUGGUUACUACGGUAACUCGGGAGGGGGCGGAGGCUCGCGGAGCAGCGGGCUGCGAUGCGCUUACUGAUGACGUCGUCCCACUUUUCCACCCCUCUUGGCGUUUGUCUGGCGUCUAUUGAGGCCACAUUUACUCAAUCGCUUUUUCCGAGUCAAGGAGCUGAUCUGAAGUCAGUCACUCGUGUGACGGUCGUUCUUUUUGUUGGGUUUUGUACUAAAACUUAAAUUCAAGCACUAUUAUUAUUAUUAUUAUUACACCCGUCCUUAAAGAACAAAGUAACUUAACGGGUUAUUUAUGAGAUUUCUUAUUUAUCUCAUUUGAAAACAAUUGGAUAUGGUUAUAUAGUUUUUCAUUAUUCAAGCAAAAAUGUAUAUUUUGAUACAAGAGUAAAUAAUACAUCUUGUGGCGACUGAGCUGGAUUACUUCACAUCUAAUCUGUAUAUUUUAUCUUAGUUGACGUGUUCAGCUGGAAGAGGCUGGAGCAGUGAGAUCUACUUUAAAACAUUACAUGUAUCUCUAGGUUAUACAUUCUGUUUUAAACUUAUUUUUGGCAGAACAUUUGAGCUCCUGCAUUUCAGAUCAGCUUUCUUAGUUCGAAAAGUGUGAUAAAUGUGAGCCAGCGUGUUUUGUAUGAAUGUUUUCAAAGUUCAUUACAGAAUUAAAAAAUAAGUUAAAUAUGAUAUUCCCCUCUUAAAGAGUGGAAUUAAAACAAAGUCUAUAUUUGAGCUGUAAAAUGGCUUAUGCAGCUGUUGUACAUUUUGCAUAAUAAAUUUUAUAUUUAAUUCUGA